UAUGUAAUGCCUUUUCUCACUCCACGUAUAGUUGUUUGCGGAAAUAUGGCGGCUCCCACUACUGAGAUAGAAGCAGUCGCUCCGAAAAAGCUUAAUGCACGAGGUCCGAGAAGAGUGGCCAAUCAGAUUCCUGAUGAGAUUCUCAAAGAUCCAGAGCUCAAUGAAGCCAUCAAGAUUUUACCAGCCAACUACAAUUUUGAGAUCCACAAAACAAUAUGGCGUGUGCGACAAGCCAAAGCGAAGAGGGUGGCCUUGCAGUUACCUGAAGGUCUGCAGAUGUUUGCCUGUGUGAUCGCUGACAUCAUUGAAAGAUUCACAGAAGCGGACACUCUGGUGAUGGGAGACGUGACAUAUGGGGCCUGCUGUGUGGACGACUUCACCGCCCGGGCUUUGGGAGCUGACUUCAUGGUGCAUUAUGGGCACAGUUGUCUCAUCCCCAUUGACUCCACAGAGGGAAUCAAGAUGCUGUAUGUGUUUGUAGACAUUCAGAUUGACACUGCACACUUUCUGGACUCGCUCAGGUUCAACUUUACCCCUGGCCACUCGCUCGCCCUCGUCAGCACCAUCCAGUUCGUUGCUGCCUUGCAGGCAGCCAGUGUGGAACUGAAACCAGAUUACGAGGUGCUGGUACCUCAGUGUCGCCCACUUUCUCCUGGGGAGAUCCUCGGGUGUACCUCGCCUCAUCUGCAGAAGCACGUUAACGCCAUUAUAUAUCUUGGCGAUGGAAGGUUUCACUUAGAAUCCAUCAUGAUCGCCAACCCAGAGAUACCUGCAUACAGGUAUGACCCAUAUAGUAAAGUGUUUUCUCGAGAAUAUUAUGACCAUGAGGCCAUGAGGGCCACCAGACUGCAGGCCAUAAAGCGAGCCAGCGCCGCCCAGAGAUGGGGCCUCAUCCUGGGCACCCUCGGUCGCCAGGGCAACCCUAAAAUCUUGGAGCAUUUGGAGUCUCGCUUAGAGUUUUUGGGCCGCUCGUGCACUCGAGUGCUUCUGUCUGAAAUCUUCCCCAGCAAGCUGGAGCUUUUCGCGGACGUGGACGUGUGGGUCCAGAUAGCUUGUCCCCGCCUUUCCAUUGACUGGGGAACGGCUUUCUCCAAACCCCUGCUGUCUCCAUAUGAGGCGGCGGUAGCCCUGCAGCAGGUGGAAUGGCAGGAGGUGUAUCCUAUGGAUUUUUAUUCCAAUCAAAGCCUGGGGGCUUGGACUCCAAAUCACACAGACAACCAACCACAACGACCUGUGCGCAAAACAGCACAGAAGCCAAGUUCAGAUGCAGGUCAGCAGAUGAAAGGAUGUGGCCGGGAGCAGAGCGCCUCCUGUGGCUGCCAGGCGGAAUAAACUCAGCCCUUCACACCAGCAAUCUGCUGGCCAACCGGAGACAAGCAGGCCAAUCAAUCUUCAGCUCUGUUUUUUCACUAUGGAUGAAAGAGGCGGCUGUACCCACAAGGGUCUGUCUUUGUGUAAAAUAAAAAAAUGUGAGAGAGAGAGAGACAGACAAAAGUUGUAGAAAAAUGAAUGUGAGUGUAUCUUAGUAUGAGGAACUCACAGACAAUCCAUUGAAAGAAGUGCUGACCCUGAAUGUGGAGGUUUUCAUCUUGCUCUAUGUGGGUGGCUUUAGUUAAAUGCAAUCAUCUUGGCCCUCAUUUAGAAAGAAGCUGCCAGCCACUCUUCAUCGGUGACCUUCUUUUGAAAGUAACAAGGGGGGGCGAGAGCAUGUUCAGAAUUAUUCCUCUGCAGAGAAAGAUCAAACCCAUUCACAGCUCGGGCUUUUGUGUUUCUCAUUCUGCCAUCGGAAGUCCUCCAACAGAAAGGAACUUUAGUAUCACGCUUUGAAUGUUGUGCGCGUGACACACUUUUGGUUAAACGCAAAAUAAACAGUUUACAGUUGACUCUCCAGACUUUGAUGAACUAGUGCAACAUGAAUGUCAUUAUGUAUAUUUUCUUUCAGACUAAAGGUACAGUGAAACCCCGGUUGGUUUGCAGUCAGCUGAAACACGUGGAGCCAAUUUCCCUAAAGCGGAUUAGGCCAAGUCUUGGAUGAACAUUCACUGUCAGCAGUGAUUAUUCAGAGAGAAAUCUUUUAUAGGAUGAGACGACGCAUGAUUAGUGUCCAGGAACGCAGCCAUAUUCCUGAGUCUGGCAGUAGAGAUGCCGAGUCUGUGAACACUAUCAUCACAGGCUCAAACUAACUAUUUUUGUGCAUAAUUAUUCAUCUACUACUAAAUCAGGGAUCUUCAACCUUGUUGCAUAUUGUGCACAUCGUUGAAAGUACAAUAUUAAUUAAUUUUUUUCAAUACCUUUUGAUGGUGCAAAGCCAUGUCAGCAAUCAUUUAUAUACAGAAAUAUAAGCGUUCACAUUAAAUUACAAUUAUGGUGUAAUCAAAUCCUUAUAAG